GCAGGCGGAGCUCUGCGUCUUCAAAGCACGCCUCUUGGAGAACGACGUGGGGCCAGACUCCUGUAACCUCGGCAGAACCUGAUACGUACUCACGAUAGAAGCACUAUCCUGGUGUUAGUGAGGUCGUCGAAAGGUUCUCACUUGGGAAGGUGUCGGUACACGGCCGGAGAAAAUGUCUAACGCCAACUGGAAGCCUUUUGUGUACGGCGGGCUAGCUUCUGUGACGGCGGAAUGCGGGACUUUUCCAAUCGACCUAGCCAAGACACGUCUUCAGGUCCAAGGCCAAGUAGGCGACAGCAAAUACCGAGAGAUCCGCUACAGAGGCAUGCUCCAUGCCAUGAUGAGGAUAGGAAGAGAGGAGGGGCUCCGGGCUCUUUACUCAGGAAUUGCUCCUGCCAUGCUGCGCCAGGCCUCCUAUGGGACUAUAAAAAUUGGCACAUACCAAAGUUUUAAGAGACUGCUUGUCGACCGACCAGAAGAUGAGACUUUGUUGACAAAUGUGGCUUGCGGUAUUCUCUCUGGAGUCAUCUCAUCUUCUAUCGCCAACCCCACUGAUGUGCUAAAGAUCCGGAUGCAGGCUCAGGGAAAUGUGAUCCAGGGCAGUAUGAUGGGCAAUUUCAUCAACAUCUACCAGGAAGAGGGAACAAGAGGACUGUGGAAGGGUGUCUCUCUAACAGCUCAGAGGGCAGCCAUCGUAGUGGGAGUCGAGCUUCCGGUGUAUGAUAUCACCAAGAAGCACCUGAUCCUGUCAGGUUACAUGGGCGACACCGUCUACACACACUUCUUGUCCAGCUUCGUGUGCGGCCUGGCGGGGGCUUUGGCAUCAAACCCAGUGGAUGUAGUGCGAACACGCAUGAUGAACCAGAGAGGAGUAGCACUGUACCAGGGAACACUUGACUGUCUACUGCAGACAUGGCGCUUUGAGGGCUUCUUGGCCCUCUACAAGGGCUUCUUUCCCAACUGGCUCCGCCUGGGACCAUGGAACAUAAUCUUCUUCCUCACUUAUGAACAGCUGAAGAAGAUCAAUGUGUGACUGAAAGAAUGACCCCGAGAGGAAGAGAUGAGCAUGCACCGAGACGAGCUGGGAGGACCAAAGUCAGGAACGGCUGGGUGGAUCCUCGAUGGAACCAGCAAGGGGAAACGGGGGGGAGUGGUACACGAAUGUAGACCCGAGUUAAGGGGCGGCCUGAUUCCAGCAUCUACUGAAUGUCUCCUGAAGCCUGGGGUAGAUCUGGACGGGACUGUGGCACUGAAAUGCUGCGAUAGAUUUUUCUUUUCUUUUGUUUCCACCCAUCCAAAAAUCUACUCCAUCAUCCUGCUCAGACUGGUAUCUCCUCAUUUCUAAACUCAAAGUCGAUGCCGCUAUAGAAAACGUCUCCAGUGUCACAACAUGCAGGUUUUCAGGCUUAUACACAAUAAGUGCUCUCUGAACUGAGUGCCUUUAGUUUGUGAAACAGGCUGCAUUUGGACUGAGACUGUCAGGAUAGCACCUGACAAUCGGCAGAAUCAUUCCCUUUUUUAAAAAAAAAUGCUAAGAAAAACAAGAAUCGUUCAACAAAUGUCUUUUUUAAUAACAAUACGUAUUUCUAAAUUGUGGAUUGUGGAAGGUUGAUUGAUUACACUUAGUAUUUAGAGUAAUGUGCCAAGAAUAAAUUCUGGUGUACUGUCAUAUGUCACAGUUAUACAAAUGUCUGAAAUGCAGAACACACAUGUGCAUGUGUGGCUGGGCUAGCACUGAGAGUAAAUAUAACCUCAGACAGCACGAGGUUGACACUCAACCCUGAAGCUCUUGUGUCAGAGGUCGCUGGAGACAAGCCAAACGCUGACGAUAUGUAAAACUACAUAUUAUAUCUCACACGCUUUUCAAGCUGCAGAUGAUUGGGUCAGAUUAGGAGCAUCACGUUGCUGCUUUAAGGCACUGAAACUCUGUUUCUGUAUGUUUUCAUGUACUGUAAUUGCACGCUGUCUGCUGAUGUAUGUGUGAGCUCCUGAGGCUGCCAAAGUGAAAGCAAGUGCUAUUUUGUCAUACUCCACGUGUAUAUUUAUAUGCAGCUGUAUAUAUCUGCCUAUUUAAAAGAAAAAGGAAAAAAAAAG